AUGAUCCGGCCGCUGCGUUAUAUCGCGCUGGCGCUCUCCCUGCUCCUCUCCCUGCAUUACCUUGCCACUCUUACGUCUCCGUCGUAUUCGUCCGCCACCUCGAGCUCGCUGCAAAGCCUGCGAACAAAGUGGAAGCCAGCACCCGCUCCCGUCCCGCACCCCGUCGUCGUCGACACGUCGACUGGAGAUACGAGCAAUGUGCCCUUCGACCCGCGCAAGCCCUCGGCGGCCUUUGUCAUCCUCUGCCGCAACGACGACCUCUCCAAGAUGCUCAUGACGCUCCAGACGCUCGAGUCGACCUUUAACUCGAAGCCGCACAACCGAUACCCCUACGUCUUUCUCAACGACGACGAGUUCUCGCAGCGCUUCCGCACACGCAUCCGUGCCGCCAUCCCGGCCGACGUCAAGGUCGAAUUCGGCCGGGUCGAGGGCGAGGCGUGGGGGAUGCCCAGCUGGAUUGACCGCCCCAAGGCCGAGGCCAGCUGGAAGAAGGCGUCGCACGGCGGCAUGCCCUACGGCGGCUCGGAGAGCUACCGCAACAUGUGCCGCUUCCAGUCCGGCUACUUUUUCCGCCACCCGCUCGUCCUCCCCUACCGCUACUACUGGCGCGUGGAGCCCGACGUCCGCUUCCUGUGCGACCUCGAGGACUUUGACCCGUUCCGCUACAUGCGCGAUCAUGGCAAAAAGUACGGCUACGUCCUCUCGCUCCACGAGAUCCGCUCGACGGUCAAGACGCUCUGGGUCCACGUCCGCAAGUGGUACCAGCAGAACCCGCAGUACCUCCACGACAACAAUGCAAUCAACUUCAUCACCGAUAGGAAGGAGAUGGGCUACUCGAUGUGCCACUUUUGGAGCAACUUUGAGAUCGCCGACAUGGAGCUGUGGCGCAGCGAGGCCUACCUCUCGUUCUUCGAGUACCUCGACAAGCAGGGCGGCUUCUACUACGAACGAUGGGGCGACGCACCCGUCCACUCGAUCGCCGCCGCGCUCAUGCUCGACAAGAACGAGAUCCACUACUUUGACAACGUCGGCUACAUGCACGCGCCCUUCCUCCACUGCCCCAAGGACCCGCCCGAGAAGCAGAACCGCUGCUGGUGCACGCACGAGACGUCGCUCAUCUACGACGACAACCACUGGAGCUGCCGGUACGACUGGGACGCCAUCUUUGGCAAGGACCCCGAGCGCGAGCGCGCACGCUUCAACGAGCUCACCCCCUGA